AUGGACCCAGAAGAAGCUGCUAAAGAAGAGGCUGCAAAAAGAGAUCAUCGCAAAAUUGGAAAAGAUCAAGAGCUUUUUGUUUUUAUUCCUAUGAGUCCGGGAUCGGCUUUUUGGUAUCCAAAAGGAACGUUUAUUUAUAAUACGUUGGUCAACUUUAUGAGACAGGAGUAUCGAAAAAGAGGCUUUUUGGAGGUAAUGACGCCGAAUAUUUAUAAUGUUAAACUUUGGGAGCAGUCUGGUCAUUGGCAUCAUUAUGCUGAUAAUAUGUUCAAAUUUGAAAUUGAAAAGGAGCAAUAUGGUUUGAAGCCGAUGAAUUGUCCUGGGCACGUUUUGAUGUUUGAUCAUAAGCCCCGUUCUUAUAAUGAGCUUCCGAUUCGUUAUGCUGAUUUUGGUGUUUUACACAGGAAUGAAAUGAGCGGCGCUUUGGGUGGUCUUACAAGACUGAGACGUUUUCAACAAGAUGAUGCUCAUAUUUUCUGUCGUUCUGAUCAAUUAGCGGAUGAAAUUACGGCUUGCUUGGAUUUUUUAAAUUUUGUUUACGUCGACGUUUUUGGAUUCUCUUUCAAAUUAUUUUUGAGUACGCGGCCGGAGGAGAGCUAUUUGGGAGAUAUAUCUAGUUGGGAAUUAGCCGAAAAAGAGUUGAGUGGAGCAUUGGAAAGUAGUGGACAUGAUUGGGAAUUAAAUGCUGGAGAUGGAGCUUUUUAUGGGCCUAAGAUUCAUCGAGCUAUUCUCGGCUCUGUUGAAAGGUUGAUUGCAAUUUUGGCUGAAAACUAUGCUGGAAAAUGGCCGUUUUGGCUUUCUCCUCGACAAGCAAAAAUUAUUUGUGUCCAUCCAAAUAUCGUUGAUUAUGCUACUCAAGUUAAAGAAAAAAUAUUUAAUUCUGGAUUUGAAAUAGAAUUUGAUGAAGAUUGUCCAGAUACUUUAAAUAAAAGAAUUAGAAAUGCACAAUUGGAACAAUUUAAUUUUAUUUUGGUCGUUGGGAAGAGAGAAAAGGAAAACGGGACGGUUAAUGUUCGAACGAGAGAUAAUCAGGUUCGUGGUGAGAUGAAAGUUGAAGAUUUAAUUAAGAAAUUUGCAAAAUUCCGUGAUACGUUUGCAAAAGAUACGGAAAGUGCUGAAGCUUUUGUUGAAGAAAAUAAUAAAGAAGAAUAAAAAGGAAGAGAAGAAUUUGUUGAGACUUUAAAUAUUGGCUUCUUAAUUAAGUAUUUAUUUAAAAUGAUGGAAAAAACAUUCUCAACUUUAAAAAAAUUAUU